CAACUCAGCCACUCAGCUGUUUUGUCUGUUGUUCUCUCUCGCUCACUCGAUCAGCUGGCUGGCGCCGAUCUGGCGGAAAGCUUCAAUUCACGAAAACUAAAAAAAAAGGUACUUCCUUGCGGUUCGUGCGAAACGAGAGCCGAGGCGGAGCCUACCUGGGCAUUCCCGUGACCUUGACUGCGCCGAAUGUUGCGAGGGGCAUACUGCUGGCGGCUUUAUUUGUAUCCGCGUCGGGCUCGCCGACUGACAAAGGAGUGGACCAUUCUGCACGUGAUCACUCUUUGCUAGCGCAGCCAAAGGCCAAGACAGGAUUAUUUGACCAUGAGUAAAGCUGAACCUAGAUGGAAACGACACUGCCGGUUUCUGGCUGCCCUUAAUGACGACAAUGUAUCCCUGGCUUGGACGUUGCUCUGUGGGCGUGAAGGGCCUCCAGUCGAUCCAGAUAUAAGGAUCAUGACAGGAGGGGAAUACAAGCCUGCAAUAUGCAUUGCUGUUGAGAGGGACCUCUUAGAAAUGGCUGAACUUCUUAUCAUGCGUGGCUGCAGCGUGAACCAAUUUGCACCCACUGGCUUGUCCCCUCUGCACAUAGCAGUUAUGCGCAACAAUAUCGCCAUGGUGCACCUUUUGCUCAAGAGUGGUGCCAGUGUUUCCUGCAGAGACAGCAGUGGAAGGACGCCACUGCAUCAUCUGGCUGUCUGCAACUACAGUGACGGCAGCCUGGAAAUCGCAAAGCUACUCGUACAGAAAGGCAGCAAGACUGAGCACAGGGAUGGAAGCGGAGCAACACCCCUGGCACUUGCCUGCCAAGGCCACCGCGAUUUGGCCUUGUACCUGCUGUCGCUUGGCGCCAAUGCCGGUGCUGCUGAUAAUGAGGGAGACACACCGUUGCACCACGCAUGCACAAAACUGCCAAAUGACGAGGAGUUGGUGAUGCAGUUGCUUGCUGCUGGAGUGCGGGUGAAUAAAAAAAAUAACCGUGGCAUGACCGCCCUGAGCUUAGCUGUGCUGGCGCAUGCAAGUCCCGCAGUGGUGCAGAGCCUCAUGAGCAAUGGAGCAGACUGCAACCUCUACAUCAAGUGCUGGAAUCAGACGGUUCUGCACAGAGCCAUAUGCAUUGCCAACCAUAGUCGAGACUGGGAGUCGGUCAAGACUUUUGUGCGCUACGGGGGCAACCCGUUUGGCCAAGACAGGACGGGCACGACCGUUAUGCAAUACGCAAUGUGCACAAACAAGCCGCUGGCCCUGUGGAUGAUCCGUGCAAAUCCAUUUAUGGGCGCACCCCGCUGGUAUGCAUGGCGGGUGCUGUGUGGCGGUAGCUACAGUCUUACGGACGAAUUCAACGAAAGCAUGACGUCAGAGCUCUCCAGUGUUCCAAAGCUUCAGCGACUGUGCUCUCUAGCAUUUCGUGCCAAGUAUGCCCGCCACCUCAAUUCUCCGGCAUACACGUCGGCUCUGCCACCUCGGUUACUACAGCAUCUCCACCUCUCCAACCUGUGGCCAAUGGGGAUGGAUUGGUGACUUAGGAUUUCCGUAGGUAAAAAGGCUAGCCAUUAGUUUCAUGAAACUAUUUAUUGUAAACAUUACAUCACAUGUGUGAAGCAGAAAAACUUGUAUACAAACCUAAAUGGAGUUAUUGGUAAGCGCUAGCGACGCUGAGACUGCCGGAGACUUACUUAAUACAAGUUCUUUAAGCUCAUACAGACAUUUAUCUGAGCUCAAAGAACUUGUCUUUGAGCUCGUAUAAACCCUGGAAUAAUAAUGAAAGGAAAUCAUUCAUUGUGCAUUUUUGGGGGGAAAAGGGUAUAAAAUUAUGUAAAGGCAUUCAUGAUAUCAACUGACAUUACAUAAUUUUAUCUUACCUCAGGAGUGUUACAUCGUCUUAGUAAAUGUGAUGUGUACAAAAGUUCAUUCACGUUUAUUAUGGCUACCUGAUAUUUGUACCUGUUAGAAGAUGGGAAUGUGCAUGUGUCAUUGUUUCCACAGUUGUGCCACCCUGUUUGUACAGUUGAUGUCAAUGGCAACAGACCUUGAUAUAGUCUAAAAAGCAGUGUGCACUGUGUUCAAAUUGAUAACGACAGAGAAUGUUGAGCUACAUAGCUGGUAAGGAUGCAUCGUGAAAGAAGGUAAGGUACGCCAACAUGGAAGUGACAGAAUGGAAUUAAAAGUGUUUGACUUAUGUCAUUCUCUUCCCUUAUGUUUCUGUCAGCGCACCUUAACUUCUCCCAUAUUGUGUUUGAAAUACAUGUUACUUGAAAAAAUGGGUAUUUUUGUAUCAAAGAUUUGUUAAGCGGAGAGCUUUCACGCACAUCAUAGCCAACUGAAUGUUCCUAUGGAGGUGUGCACAUGUGCAAAUAAUCUGGUGUCUAAACAAAAGGAAAGAAAAAUUUGCCAGAGAUGAAGUACACUGCUGUGCUCACUUUCGUUGGCAAGUGCUCACAAAAAUUUGCUUCCAGUGGUACUUCGGUUGAUGACAAUAUAACAAAGUGCGUUAAACGUCAUUGAAUUGCAAUUCCUCUUGAAUUGCAGUGGAAACCCAUGCAUUUGAAAUCUCAUUUCAAUUAUGUGAAAUUGUUUUUUAAAUAGAUACAAUGAGCUUGUAUUCAUUAGUUCAUGACAAAUGUUUACUUAUUUGCACAGAUUGAACAAAAAGUAUAUGAACAUGCUGUUGGUGCAUUACAUUACUAGUUAGCUCAUCUGUCUCAGCAGUAAAAGACUCAUUUUACUGAAUUAAUUGCUCAAUAUAUUGUUAUAGCGCACUGUGAUAUUGCACAAUAAAUAUUUUGUUGCG